AUGUCCAAGGCACGAGUCUAUACUGACCCUGCGGUCUAUAACGAGCACCACCAAAGAUUCGAGAGGGCUGGUCUGCCUCGCAGUCAAGAAGAGUGGCUUCAGCGUGCAGCAGAUGUUGCUGAGAUCCUCGGUCAGGAUGCCGCGCAACGAGACAUUGAGAACAAAUCACCAAAGGCAGAAGUAGCGCUGUUGAAGUCUGCCGGCUUACUCAAGGUGCUGGGACCUCAAAAGUACGGUGGAGGUAGUCAGAGCUGGGAGACUGGAUACAAGGUGAUCCGUGAGGUAGCCAAGACUGAUGGAUCUUUGGGCAUGUUGCUUGGAUACCAUUUACUCUGGUCCACCACUGCCAACGUUGUCGGAACGGAUGAGCAGCAGGACAGUGUGCAGGAAGUCAUUAUCCGCAACAACUUCUUCGUUGGUGGUGCUGUCAACCCCCGAGACAAUGACCUUAAGAUCACUUCCGAGGGCGAGGAAAUCGUGUUCAAUGGAGUUAAGAACUUCAAUACCGGAGGUGUUGUUAGCGACCUCACUGUCCUCGAAGGAGUGCUCGAUGGCACGGAAGACCACAUUUUCACGCUGGUCAAGACGGAUCAGCCGGGCAUCCAGUUCGCCCACAACUGGGACAACGUUGGUCUCCGAUUGACAGAAUCUGGCUCCGUGAAGAUUGACAACGUUCGAGUUCCAUGGAGUGAUGCACUUGGUUGGGACGCAUCAACCAAGCGACCCAUCCCAGAAGUCCUCGGAAUCCCGUUCGCCAGCUUGCUCUUGCCAACGAUUCAAUUGGUAUUCAGCAAUUUCUACUUGGGCAUUGCCGAAGGAGCACUCGGUGCCGCAACUGCAUACACCCUGAAGGGUACACGAGCUUGGCCAUAUGGUGGCGACAAUAAAGACAAAGCCACUGAUGAGUGGUACAUCCUCGAGCGCUACGGCGAAUACCGAGCUCAUCUCGCAGCUGCAGAUGCCCUCGCCGAUCGUGCUGGCGCGGAAAUCUCGAACAUCUAUCGCGAAGCUGGACAAUUCGGCUCCACCAUCCUCGAUGCUGAGACACUCAAGGAGAAAGUCAACCCACACUGGCUCGCCAACCCUCAUCCAAGCCCAAAAGCCACUGGGCCCAACCCACCUUACACCAUCUCAACCCUCUCAAACUUCCAGGCUCCUGAGCCAGGCCAUACGAACGGCCACACCAACGGCGCCAAUGGCAGCAAUGGCUCUGCCGCCCAAGGCCGCGCAGCCAUCACUGCACAGCGCCGUGGCGAAGUCGCCGCAACAGUCGCUCACGUCAAAGUCGUGACGACCGACACCGGUCUGGCAGUCACCAGCGGCAUCUUCGAAAUGCUCGGUGCUCGUGCCACUGGCAAGAAAUACGGUUUCGAUCGAUACUGGCGUGACAUCCGGACUCACUCUUUGCACGAUCCAGUCGCCUACAAGAAGCGCGAGGUCGGAAGAUAUCAGGUUCUGGGCGAAAUCCCUGAGCCAACGUGGUAUACGUGA